CAGCAGCCCUUGGGCUCACAGUUACCUACGCAACCAAGACCAAAACUUGAAACGUAUUUAACCUUAGCUUAUUGUUUGAGCACCUGUGCCUUUCAUUUAUCAUCGUUAUCCUUUCUUUGUCAGUGCGUAGUUUCACAUGACCGAGGAUACUGGAUCAGUCAAGUGGUUAUAUCCAGAGGAACUCCAAGGCACCACCAACAACACCAUGUCCUCUUCCAACAAUGCCAAUGAAAAUCCAACACCAGAGGAAUCCGCUCCAAUAAGUAACAAAGAACCUGAAGCAGAAGCACCAAAAUCGACGGAAUCUUCCGUUGAAGAGGUCUCUAAACCUCCUGGAGUGGAGGAUAUCACUCAAAAGAUGACGGCGAGUGCCAAUUACCUGGGAUCCAUGUUCAGUUCCGCUUGGAAAUCGUCCUCAUCGGCUUAUAACUUGAUGGGAUCCACAGCUAAAACGCAGGAAGAAACGGAGACAGAAACAUGCACUGAUAAAGAAACGGAGGUUCCAACUAAUCCUGGGACCAGUUUUCUCAGUUCAGCUUGGAGCACUUGGGGUGGUCUGACCGGCCAACCAAAGAAGAAUUCAUCGGAUCCUUCUACCGAGAAGGUUGAUGAGAAGGCAGAACAUCCGGAAAAUCAGGAGGGAAAAGCAGUAAGUGGCUUGGUUGGAUUCGAAUCGGCCUUUCAUGUAGUGGGCCAGGUGGCGACCAAUGCCACCAAUAUGAUCAAGGAUAAGGUGAGUACGGUCAGCACCACCAAUAUGUUGUCAGAGUUCAACAAGGAGCAGGAGAGCUUCAUAAAGAGCAAGACCAAUGGUAAUGAAGCCCUGGGUUUGGCGCCAUGGGUGGGAUACAACAAUGAAGAGGAGCUGAAAGGCAAGAUUUUGGCUCUCAGUGAGGAUCGACGAACCUUCGUCCGGGCUCCUCCGUCUGGCAUGAGUUUUGAGUUUGAUUAUGAUUCGGUGGCGGCCACGGCUAUGGCCCUUUUACAAGAGGAUGCCAACUUGAACAAGAUGCGUUAUGAGUUGGUUCCCAAAAAGGUGAAGGAAGAGGAGUUCUGGCGGAACUAUUUCUAUCGGUUGAGUUUGAUCAAGCAAUCAUUUGAACUCAAAGACUUGGAGAGAUCCGAAAUGGAUUCGUCCAGCAAACAAGAUUCCAUGGCCAAGUCAAGAGAGGACCGGACCGAAAUUCAAGAAGAUCUAGAUAUAACAGGACAAGAGACUGUCGACGACGAAUUUGUAUCCGAAUCUUACCAAGCCUCUACCAGUGAUAUCGCGGAGGCGGAAGAAAGUAUUAAGAAUCUGGGGGUGGCCACUAAAGGCAAUGAAGAAUGGGAAGCGGAACUGGAGGGCGAACUCAAUGAAUUUGAAGUGGUUGGAGGCAAAGACGAUAACGCGGAGUGGGAGAACGAGAUCCAAGAAAUGUUGGAUGAAGAUCCGGACUUGAAAUAGAUGUGCGUGAUAUCCAUCCGCCCAACUAUCAAACUUUGUUUUAUUAACUAAAUGUUGUCAAACUUGUGUGAUUAUGUUUUUUUACUGGGUUUCAAAUUAUAAAGUAUCAGAAAGAG